AUGAAGCUCUCCAUUGUCUUUGUCGCCGCGCUCAUCGGCGCCACCACCGCGAAUCCCCUCGGUGGUAUGGGCUCCGGACUCCUCGGUGGCGGCUCGAGCGGUGGCUCCGCUGGCGGAUCUCCCGGCGGCCUCCUCAGUCGCUUACAGGGUGGAUCCGCGGGCGGAUCUUUCAGCGCUUCCAGCCCUGACGGUGUAUCUGCGGGUGGGUCUUCCAGCGCUCCCAGCCCGGGCGGUGUAUCCGCGGGUGGAUCUUCCAGCCCUCCCAGCCCGGGCGGAUCUGCCGGCAGCGCUGCCCCGAGCCUCCUCGGCGGCGGAUCUGCCGGCGGCCUGUCGAGCCUCCUUGGAGGUGGGUCGAGCGGUGCAUCCACGGACGGAUCUGCCGGCGGAUCUACCGGUGGCUCAGCUGGUGCACCCUCCGCUGCAAGCCCAACUUCCCCGGGCGGCGGCGCCGGAGGGAAAUGCGACAGCUACACCAUCAUCAACACCAGAGGAACUACAGAGCUCCAAGGACCCUCGGUCGGCUUCCUGGGCAUGAACCAGCAGCUGCUCAUGGCUGCCCCGGGCGGCAAGCAGUACAACACCCUGUAUCCUGCCGACUGGAGCCAGAUCUCGACGGUGGGAACAUUGGAUAUCGUCAACAAGGUCAACAGCGUGCUGCGUACAAGCCCGAAGGAGUGCUUCAUCCUCCAGGGCUACUCGCAGGGCGCCGCCGCCACCACCAACGCCAUGCCCAAGCUCACCGGAGCCGCCUUUGACGCUGUCCGGGGCGUCGUGCUCGUGGGAAACCCCGAGCGGCAGCCUGGAAAGGACUGCAACGUCGACGACCGCGGCGGCAGCUCCACCAAGAUGGUCGGCGGCAUGAUGGCCAUGCUGGGCGGCAUCCCGGCUAACUGGGUCCCCAAGGUGCUCGACAUCUGCAUCUUUGGCGACGGCGUGUGCGACACCACCCACGGCUUCGGCAUCAACCCGCCGCACCUCCUCUAUGGCGGAUCGAGCUCCGUGCAGGGCAUGGGUGCCAGCUACAUGAAGAAGGCCCUCGGGUACUGA